GGCUCUGGAGUAGGGACUGUGGCGGUACAAGGGGACCUGGUACAGUGGCUGCGGGGCUGAGGAGAAACUGCUAAACUUCCUGUGGAAGUAAAGUAGAAUUCAUAAGAACAUAAUGGAUGGAGAAGAGAAAACCUAUGGUGGCUGUGAAGGCUCUGAUGCCAUGUAUGUCAAAUUGAGAUCUUCAGAUGGUCACGAAUUUAUUGUAAAGAGAAAACAGGCAUUAACAUGAACAAUAAAAGCCAUGUUGAGUGUAGGUCAGUUUGCUGAAAACGAAACCAAUGAAGUCAAUUUCAGAGAGAUCCCCUCACACGUGCUAUCAAAAGUAUGCAUGCAUUUUACUUACAAGGUUUGCUGCACCAACAGCCCCACGGAGAUUCCUGAAUUUGCAAUUGCACCUAAAAUUGCAGUGGAACUGCUGAUUUUUUGCUGA